GAAUUGUCCUAAGAUUGUGGUCACUCACAUCGGAAUACGGAACAUAGACCCUUCCUUAAUUUAGCUUUGAUCACAGGAUUCUAAAACUGACCUCUGUCGAUUUAGUUUCGGUUUCAGGUUAUGCUAAACUGGAACAGAUGGUUUAGUAACCAUGGUCAAUCCAACCUUAACGUAUUAUAAUCUUCAAUUUCUGCUAGGUAAUUUUUUGUAAUUGGGAUGUGGGAGUCCCUGCUGGAUUAAGAUGCACUCAAGGCUAAGUGGAGCAAGAUCAGCUCCAAGAAUAUAGAGCGAAAUCAAUCGAUUUGGUUGCAGUCUGACUAGGUUACUCGGAACUUCGAGCGGAAGGCGAAAUUGCAGAAUGGCUCAUGCAAAGCUAGCUAGUUUGCUUCGUCAUCUACAACGCCGCCGCUUCUGCGGCAGCUCCUUCCCCGACCUCAUCGAAACACCUCCCAAGUGUUCCAUCAGGGCUGCCAUCGAGUCACGAGACCACCGCAACAUCCCUCACCUCCUCCUCGCCAGCUGCUCCAACCCUAACCCUAACCCCUUCUCCUACCUCUCCCUCCUUCCCCCGACCCUCGCCGCCGCCACCGUUGCCGACCUCCUACAAUCCUUCGCUGCCCUCCGCCCCCGCUCCCUCCCUUACCCCGCCUACGCCGCUCUUCUCUCCUUCACACUCCCCAACCCCAUUCCUAGCCCUGCCCCCUCCUCCGUCCUCUUCCCCGCCGCCCUCGCCGUCCUUCAGUCGGCCCUUCGAUCUGGCCGCCCCCCUCCCCGGGAGACCCGCCACUCCCUCCCCCUCAACUGGCUCGCCCUUCGCCGCCGUUGCUCCGUCGUCGCGAUUAUAUCCUCCAUGCGCCCCCUCGGCUUCCGCCCAACCGACCUCAACACCCUCAACUACCUCAUCUCCUCCCUCUGCGCCGCCGGUGAGACCGAUGAGGCCGCCACCGUCCUCAGGGGAAUGCCCACUGCCGGGAUCGACCCGGACAGCGGGAGCUACUGCGAAGUGAUCGAGGCGAUCGACGGAGAUGCGGCGGAGGAGCUCCUGGUGGAGAUGGUGGUGAGAAGGGGGAUGCUGCCGAGGAAGGGGACGGUGGCCCGGGUGGCGGCGGCGAUGAGGGCGCAGGGCGACGCCAGGCGGGGGGCGGAGCUACUGAGGCUGUUGGAGAGGGCGGGUUGCGCUGUGGGAUUCGAGGCGUACGAGAUCGUGGCGGAGGGUUGUUUGAAGAGCGGUGAAGUGGUGGCGGCGGCGCGGGUGCUGGCGGAGAUGGUCGGGAGGGGUUUCGUACCUUCUAUCGGGGUGCGGCUGGGGGUGGUGGAGGGGCUGGCAGCGAUCGGGCAGGGCCAGCUCUCCGUCGACGUGAGGCGGAGGCUUGCGGGGAUCCGGUCGUGAAGGGAAAAUGGUCGAGUUGAACCCCCCUGCGAACAUUCCGUCUCAGGUAUUCGAUCGGGCGCAACAGAUGUCCCGUUGAAGACCGGUCCGGUCUGCACGGGUUUCUUGUGGACCCGGUCGGCUUAGGUAUGCACAACGGGCCUUGCUCUCUCUCUCUCUCGAUAUCAUCUCCAUGAAGGUAGUAGGCAUACGGUAAAGUUUCUUUAUUUUAAUCGACAAAAAUAUUUGGUUAUUAAAGUUUAUAGAGAACUCUUCUCGAAUCGUUAUCUGGACCACAUUUAAACAAUCGUUGUUAGUCCGACGCACGAGAAGUUGGACUCCUUCAGCACUGAAAAGCCCAUGCACUAUUUACAACAAAUAAAUGAACACGAUAUGAUUAAUCAGUGAUUAGGGGUCGAUUCAACGGUAGCUACUAAACCUCAGACACCAGCACGUUGGAGAAGACGUGGAAAUUUAGCCGCUGAUUUUGGUCAGUGUUGGCUUUGGAGAAGCCGUCCAUCUCAGUCCAUGUCUCACGGCCUCGGCAUGUGUUAUCGUGGUCUUCUCCGAUGGAGACGACUCCCAACCAUCAACCAAAUUCCACCCGAUCCCAUCACCUUCUCAAUGUAGUCAACAAUCUCAUGCUCCUCCUCUUCCUGUCGCCCACUCCUUUUUCACGCCACCUCGCACAACUUUAGCUUGAGAACACAGACGUAGUGAUUAAGCAACCGCCCGCCCCUUGUUUUGAAGUACAAACCACGGUAUGUAUCCUUCUUCUUCUUGCAUCCUGCCGUCACAUGAAUGCUGGCUUCUCCUUUGUGCCCGUCGCCGGUCGGUCAUUGUUGUGGUCGGGUGACCACAAUGGAACGAUGACAGGACGCAGUUGUCCUAUUCCUCUUUUGGGUUCAAAACAAUACAAGUCAAACAAAGAACGAUUGAAUUA